AUGUAAACAAAUCCCAAUUUGAAAGUUUUAACGUUUAUAUUGAUCUAUUGAAUGAAAAGGCAUAGAUAGUGGUAAAUUGAAUAUUUGUACCGUUUAUUGACCAUAGUAAUUAUCGUGUACAAAAUAAUGUAGUCAUUUUAAAGACAGAGGGAGAGCGUUGCCGUAGAGGCAUUGAUCAACGCCAAAAUUUAUUUCUACAACGGGCACAAACACCAGGUCUCUUCACAAUGAGUUUACCAGCGCCAUUAGAUCUGGGAAGAAUGGAAGCAGAGGCUAAAGAAAAUGCCUCUAAACAUAUAUCUAAUCUUCUUCAGAGACCAGACCAAUUGGAAAAAGUAGACCAGUAUAAAAGAAGAAUUAUGAGAAAAAAGGCUUCUGUUGACACUAUGCUGAAAACAGCUGUACAGUCACAGUUAGAUGGAGUAAGGACAGGACUGAACCAGCUGCAGAGUGCUUUACAAGAUGUCUAUGAAAUUAAACAAAGUUUGGAUGAAGUAGAAGAAACCUAUAAGUCAAUCCAGCCUAUCCAAAAUAAACUGAUACAAGUCAACACAGAAAAUUCUAGGUUUUGUCAGCUUGCUGCUGCAAUGGAGAAUUUAAAGCAUAUUUUCACAGUACCAGAGAGUGUUAGAAAAACACAAGAAUUGAUAAACGAAGGAAAACUCCUGCAGGCACAUAAACACUUAACAGAUUUAGAAUCAGCCAGGGAUGAAUUGAUGUUUGAGUUAUUUAAACAACCUCAACAAAGUCCAACAGAUAACUCAACACUGGAGAAAUAUUUCAAAGAUGUGGUUCAUUUGUCAGAGUCUCUUGGUAAACAGUUAUGGGUAAUAAUACAGAGGACACUGAGUUCAGUACGCAGGGAACCAACACUGAUUGUUACAGCAUUAAGAAUCGUAGAGAGAGAAGAAAGAAUGGAUGUAGCUGUUGAAGAAAGAAAACAACAGUCUGGUUUUAUGCCACCAGGCAGACCUAAGAAAUGGCGAAAGAAAUGCUUUGAAAUUCUAGAAGAUUGUAUUUCUAACAAAAUAGAAGGGAACCAGUUAGAAGACCGAGAUAAAAACAAGAUGUGGUUGGUUAGACAUCUAGAACUGACAAGACAAAUAAUGGUGGAUGAUCUAAGAGUAGUUGUGACAAUGUUGCCACCUAUUUUCCCGCCAGAUUACAACAUAGUGAAAACAUAUGUAAAUAUGUACCACAAAGCUCUCGCUGAACAUCUUGAAGAAAUGAUACGGGAAGGAUUAGAAGGAAAUGAAUUUGUUACCCUUCUUUCAUGGGUUAAUAAUUACAAUUCUCCAGAUUUGAUGGGACAUCCUGAUCUAAAUAUAGAUGUAUCAGAGCUUGGACCGCUGUUAAAGAACAAUGUCAUAGAUGAAUUACAAAAUCAGUACUUAAGAACAAUGAAAUUUAACAUUAUGGAAUGGAUGAAGAAUUCAUUAGUUCAGGAUAAAAAGGAUUGGUUUAGAGUAGAACACCCAGAUGCUGAUGGGGAUGGUUAUUAUUCUACAUCUCUACCUGUUAUUAUAUUCCAGAUGAUGGAACAAAAUCUUCAAGUUACCAGAUUAAUUGGUGAAGACCUUGUAAAGAAAGUAUUGGAACUGUUUGCUGAUGAACUUAACUUAUUCUCUAAGGAUUAUAUAGCUGAGAUAGAAAGUUACAAAGACAGACAUUUACAAGACAGAUCAGAAAUAAAAUUCUUUUUACAUUACAUGAUAGCCAAUAUAAACAACAGUUUGUCUUUUGGAGAGUAUAUGAAACAGUUGAGAAAUCGCUACUUGAAAGAAGAUUUUGAGGAAGAUGAUGAAAAUAUACGAAAAGAUAGAUUUCAGAAACUUAAUGACACUUUUCUCAAAAUAGCUAAAAUAGGAACUAGAAUUAUCAUAGAAGAGGUGUUUAUCGACUUAAAGAACAGUAAAUGUUUAGAGGAAAUACUCACAAAAAACUGGUUAACAGGAUCACAUGCAGUAGAUAUCAUCUGUGCCACAUGGGCUGAUUAUAGUGCUGACUUUGUACAUUUAAAGCCAAGAUUUAAUGGUGAAGUCGUUGAAGCAGGACAGAAACGUGUACUUAUAGAGUUUCUUAAGUCACUAUUUACUAAAAAAUUGCAGUUUAAAACUUAUGAUGAAAGAAAAGCAGCUGCUGAAAAAUUGAUUAAAGAGGGAUCCCAGCUUGGGGAAAUUUUCCAGAAAUAUGGCACUUCUAAAGUAACACAAAAUAUUUUCAAUGUAUUACCUGUACUGGCAGAGUUACUGAAGCUGAAGGAUACAUCUAUGAUAUCUUUAGAAAUUAUGGGAGUAGUAAAGAAGUACCCUGACAUACGUGUAGAACACCUGAUCAGUUUGUUGGUAUUGAGAGGAGAUAUGAAUAGAGCUGAUGCUAGACAGAUGGUUCAGGAUAUUGUUGGAGAAGACGACCCACUACGACCAAAACCCAAAGGCAUUUUUUCUGAACUUGCAAUGUCAUAACUAGAAAACCAAUUCAAGAUAUAGCAAAAUUAAAUGAAUGUUCUAAUUGACAAUAUAUCAAAGAAUUUAAUUCAUAGUGCUUUCUUUAUUAUUUAAAUUUAUUGUCCGAGUUUGCCAUCAUUUGCUUUUCAAUGUUAAUAAUUGUUUUGUAUGUUUGUUAUUUCAUCAAGUGCAAUAUUAUUGAUUAUGUA